AUGGUGCGCGUAGCUAUGACAGGGACCGCGGCCGCGGAGCCGGCGGCGGACGGGGCUGGCGCGCAAGCGCCGGCCACCGUCGGGCCGCCGGGAACGCGCCGCGGACGACCCUGGAAUCGCUUCGAUCGCGCGCACAUGGAAGACUGCCUCAUUGCCGCAAGGCUCGCAGGUGUGUCGCAGCUCAGGUAUGAGUGCCCUGGCUACGGGACGGCGACCUUCGAGCUGAAGUCCGCGAAGGCCGCGGGCGACCGCGAGCCGGUGCAUGCGGCGGAGCGCUCGUUCGUCGAGCGCACCGCGUCGCGGAAGGAGGAGCCGACGGAGGAGCAGAAGGAUGCUCGGGCCGCGGCUCGCAGGGCCAAAAAGGCCCGGCAGAAGGCGAACAAGGCGGAGAGGAAGGCUGCGGCGGCGGCCGCGAGCGAGGCCGAGCGUGCGGACUACCCGCACGAGCAGCUGCGCGAGAACGUCGCCUACUCGCUGCCUCCCGAGGGGGGCGGCGGGUUCGGCGACCUGGUGUACGCCACGGUCCCUCUGGGCUCCGUGGCGACGAAGGUCGCCCGGGACUGGCUCGCCAACGAGCUCUACGAGCCGUCCCGGCGCGGCAAAAUUGAUGCGGCCUGCAGGGACCGAAAGGUCGCCGACCUGAUCACGGCUGCCGGCGCCUCGGCGCCGGCCGACGCCGUGUUCAGCGGCAGGUUCGCGACGGGCGAGGCGCCCCGCCCGACGACCUCCGCCUCCAAGGCGGACGAGGGCGACGGCGUCGGCGGCGAUGGCGGGACCGGCAUCAAGCACUUUGACCUUUUCGAGCCGGACCCCACCCCCAUGGAGGAUCUCUGA